UUGUAAACCUGACCAGCUGCUGUCCUCCAGGUCCACGCCGCCGUCCUCCAGGUCCACGCCGCCGUCCUCCAGGUCCACGCCGCCGUCCUCCAGGUCCACGCCGCCGUCCUCCAGGUUGUGACAUCAUCAAUCAACAUGAGUCCCAAACAUGUCGUCUAUAAGAAGGUGUCUCGUGACAAGUCGAUCACCGUCUACUUGGCCAAACGAGACUUUGUGGAUCACUGUGACUUUGUGGAUCCAGUGGAUGGAGUUCUGGUGAUGGACCCGGUUCAGCUCAAAGGGAAGAAGGUCUACGUGAUGCUGUCGUGUACAUUCCGGUACGGCCAUCAGGACAUGGAUGUAAUGGGCGUGGCCUUCAGGAGGGACCUGUUUGUGAUGACCCGCCAGGUGUACCCCGAGCUGCAGGACAAAGAGCACCUGACUCACACAAAGAUUCAGGAGAAGCUGCUGAGAAAGCUUGGAGACAACGCCUUCCCCUUCUUCUUCGAGUUUCCGGACAACCUGCCAUGUUCCGUCACCCUGCAGCCUGGACCCAACGAUGUGGGCAAGAAAUGUGUGGUGGAGUUUGAGGUGAAAGCUUUCUGUGCUGAGCACCAGGACGAGAAGACUGAUAAACAGAGUUCCGUUCGUCUCUCCAUUCGUAAGAUCCAGUUCAGUCCAGAGGACAGUAAAGUGGUUCCUGUGGCAGAUACCACGUUUGAGUUCUUGAUGUCGGACAAACCGCUUCAUGUCAAACUCAGCUUGCCGAAAGAGACCUUCUACCAUGGUGAGCCAGUGAAAGCCAACGUCGAGAUCACCAACUCUUCCAGCAGGGACAUCAAAGACAUCAAUCUGUCAGUUGAACAGGUGACCAAUGUCGUUCUUUACUCCAACGACAAAUACGUCAAAUCAGUGGCCAAAGAAGAGACUUUUGACUCGGUCCUUUCUGGAACCAGUCUCAAGAAGGACUAUACUCUGUACCCGCUGCUGGCUUACAACAAGGACCGAAGAGGCAUCGCGCUGGACGGACGACUCAAACACGAAGACACCAACCUGGCUUCAUCCAGCAUUGUCAAACAGGAGGUCCUGAAGGAGGUCCAGGGGAUGCUCGUCUCCUAUAAGGUGGUGCUGAGGAUGAUGGCGUCUGGGAUGGUGGGAUCCAGCGAAGUGUCUCUGGAGCUCCCGUUCAGACUGAUGCACCCGAAACCCGAUCCAGCCAAGGAAAGUGACACAGACGACAUGGUGUUUGAGGAGUUUAAGAGAGCCUACCUGAAAGGCGUGAUUGGAGAUGAUGACGAGUCGCCCACUGAGGUAUAAAGGAACCAUGUUGGCUGACAUCAGCCAA